UCGGCUUUAAGGGAAGAGCACUCUGAGUCAGAGAACUCACCUCCUCCUGUGCAACAUGGACAAGCUCUUAGUCACCUUGCUCCUCCUCGCAGUGUGCAGCGCUACUGGGGCCUUUGAGCUGGACUUCUACAAGGCUGAUGUGGAACACACAGAGGUCACCAGGCCACAGCACACUGUGCUGACGGCAGAGUAUUUAGAGAGCGACCUUCAGAAUUACGAAGAUGAUGAGUACGAUCAUGAAGAAGAAGAAGGCUCGUAUUCGGACUCUGAUUUGCCACAAGUUCAGUUCCUGAGUAAACCAGGAGAGAAGGGGAAGAGCCGGAGGAAGGGCAAAGGGAAGAGGAAGCACAAGGGGACCACGGCAAAUGGACCCAUCACGUCUGGCUACACACAGCACCCAGUGCAGCAGGUCAAUCUGGAGGACCCCUGUUCAACUACACACCAGGAUUACUGCAUUCACGGCCAUUGCAAAUACAUGGAGGACCUGAGGGAGCCCACCUGUGUCUGUAACAAAGGCUACGAUGGAGAGCGUUGCGGGAUCCGCCUUCUGAAGACGGAGCAGAAAGACCCAGACGCUGACAGCACUGGUGUGGUGCAGACGGUGCUGGUGACCGUCGCAGUUGUGCUAUCCCUCAUCAGCUGUUCUGCCGUCCUGCUCAUGCUGUGCACCCAUUACAGAACACACAAGAACUUCUUGGCAGCGUACCUGGGAACAAACAGUGAGAAGGAGAAACUUCAGACAAGUACAAGUGGCAUGGUGGUCUGAGCAAA